AUGGUCAGUUUCGCCGACCUGAACCUGCCCCAGGGGCUGGACAAGAAAUCCCUACAGAGCCUGCUGGAAGCCGCAGCGCACCUGGGAUAUUCUGCAGUUGCUCUUAAUCAUGUCAUCGAUUUUAAAGAAAAGAAACAGGAAAUUGCCAAGCCAGUGUCUCCUUCAGAGUUGUUUCCAUCUUUGCCUAUUGUACAGGGGACGUCUAAAAGAAUUAAAGUCUUAACGCGUCUAACACUUGUUGUUUCUGAUCCUUCCCACUGUAAUCUCUUGAGAUCAACAUCUGCAAAUAUAAGGUUAUAUGACAUCAUAGCAGUAUUUCCGAAGACUGAGAAGCUGUUCCAUAUUGCUUGCACAACUCUAGACGUGGAUCUGGUAUGCAUAAAUGUAACAGAAAAGCUUCCAUUCUACUUCAGAAGACCCCCUGUGAAUAUGGCAAUAGAUCGAGGCAUUUACUUUGAACUUCUUUACACGCCUGCCAUCAAAGACUCCACAAUGAGAAGAUACACAAUUUCAAAUGCCAUCAGCCUGAUGCAGAUCUGCAAAGGAAAGAACAUUGUGAUAUCUAGUGCAGCUGAAAGG